UCUCCAUUGCUUUAUAGUUUUACCAGAUGGUCUCGAUCAGUGAGAGAGUUCCAUGGGGAAGGGGUACACUGUGGUUCAUAGAUACUAAGGUCAGAAGGGACCAUUAUGAUCAUCUAGUCCAAGCUCCUGCACAACACAGGCCACAGAAUCUCACCCACCCACUCCUGCGAAAAACCUGGUUGCCUUAUGUAACAUCAAUAUCUGGGAAUAACAAAGAAUGCAACUUAGUCCUCCCGUGUGGCUGGAUGUUCCACAAAGAGGACACCGCUGAAUCGACCCACUCUUCAACUGUUGGGCAUCAGGACCAGAGCAGUGGGUCCCUGGCUGUGGAACUCCUUGCUAGAAGAGAUGCAGGCUGCCCCCUGAAAGACGCCGCCAGCCGGAAAAUCUCCAAACUCACGGUCAAGGCCCGAGAACACUGCUUGAAGAUGUUGGUAGAAGCUCUGAGCAGCAACCAGAAGGCAGCACCGUCAGGACAUGGGUCAGACCCUCCCGCCUGCGCCGUGGAGAUGGAGUAUGAGGUUUUCAGAACCAGUAAAAUGUCCAACUUGUACAAGGCAACUGUACUAAAGAAGGUAGCAGAGAUCAACAAAGCCUCGAAAGAAGGGGAGCUGUAUCCAGCAUCUGGGUCAGGAGCUGGUGGCGGCGGCAGCCCCGGGACGAAGUCUGAACCCUCAGCUGAAGAUGGCUUUCUCCCUGCAUCCCAAGUCUAUUCGUUUAAACCCAAGCGGAUAGGAGCUGGGUUUCAAAAGAGUUCCAGCUUGUUCCAGACUGCUGCCGAACUGCUGAAGACAAAGGAGGAGAGUGAUGCGACGCCUGUGGAGAGGGAAGCGGAUAGUCCAAACUGGCAAGGUGACCGCGAAUGCGAUUCAGAAAUGGCCAGAGUCUCUGCUGUCAAGAGCAAAGAAAGGGUGGCCAAAGUAGUACACGAAAGUGCUGUGGAAGCAAUGCAGGCCCAUGACAAGAAGGGACAGCAACCUGGUCCAGAUGCAGAUGCCUCCCUGUGGCAUAGCCCUACCAAAAAGGCAAAGCUCACCAAGAAGCAACAGCUGCUAGCAGAAGCAGCCAGAAAAGAAUCCCAGAACAUUUCCAAAUUCUUCUCUCUCACCAAAGCUGGGCUUAAAACCUCUGGAUGUGUCACAGCAGAGGAAGACGAUUGUCCUAUGAGUGAGCUAUCUCAGUCUCUUUCUCAAAGAGAAUGUCAGGAGAAAGAGGAACCUCAGGAAAAUGACGAUGUCUCAGGAGGUGCUAUGACUGGGCAACCCCAGAUGGAGGACCAUGAGUCAAGGAAGAUGAAGGAAGCACUGACUGAGAGAAGUCAGGACUUGGAGUCGAAACACGCCCCUGGAUCUGAAGCCACCCAAGCAGGAUUAGCUGGUCAGACAAAACCAAGCUGUGAUGAGGCUGGUAUAGAAAUCGAAACAACCUGCACAGGGGAAUGUCAAGGCAGGAAGAGGCCAGAAUCCGAUGAGGAUCUGGAGAGCCCUGCGACGAAGAGGCUGCGGGCGGCAGCGUCUUCAAUCCUGUCACAACCAGAGGGCAAAGGCAUGGGCCCAGUGAAGAAGAAGGUGACUUUUGAUCCGAGUUUGUCACAGGUUGAUAAAGAAGGAACUACCAAGACCAUCCAGCCAGCGACCAAAGGCGUGUCCCUUAAAGAGACAGCAGAUAUUGUAGUCAAAUACUUGACCCCUUUCUACAAGGGUGGUAAAUUUGCUUCCAAGGAACUGUUCAAGGGAUUUGCCCGACACCUCUCCCACUUACUGACUGAGGAGAAGAAUCCCAUCCGCAAGGCUGUGAAAGAAGAAGCACAGAGACUCAUCAAGGAGUUUUUCAAAACCCGAAUCAGGUGUGAAAAUGAGACAGACUGGCAAGCGCUGCCCAGCUCAGAAACAUGAUGCCGGUUCUCAAGCUAUUUCCAUUCCCAGCUACAGUCAGUGGAAUUGAAGGCUCACAGAGACAUGGGAGUUUUCCAUUAAUGUUGCUGCUUGUUGUUCACGGCAUCUGUGCCAUGAGUGUGGCCUUGAGAACAUCUCUACGGAGGUGAUCCCUGGGAAUUUGUCUAUGGAGCUCCUCUGGUGCCUAAGGGACGAUGAAGUCCUUCAACAGCCCUUGCUAAGAGGUCUGGUGUGUGCCAGUGCUGCAUAGCUCUGUGGCCUCUCUCAACCAGGCUGUGGUGCAUCCCGCUGCUGCUGGCUGAGAAGGGCUUUGAAUUGCAGACUCUGAUUCCAAGUUGGGUAUGAAUCCUGCUUUUUCCCCAAGUGUCUCUGAUCCUCCCUCCCCACCCCCCCCCACUCACCCCUCCCCUUGUCUUUUUAUUUAAAUGUUACCAAUAGAAGUCUUACGCUGAAAACACAUUCAAAGGCCCACGUUUUGCUCAGGGUUUGUAUGAUGGGAGCUGAUGGUUAAGUUCCUAGAGGGGAUGUUUAUUUUGAAAAAAUGUUUAGGUUUAGACAAUGGGAUGUGCAGCGUCUUCUUUCCCAAAGCUGGGGACCCCUUGCAGGCUUUAUUUAAAAAAAAAAAAAAAAAAAAAAAAACCUCACCCUGAAUUUUGGUUUUACUCUGGCCAGCUCUGUGUGUUCUUUAACUGGCAUGGGCAUUAGUGCCUUAGCCUGGACAGACUGGCAGCUCUCUCAUCAUCGUCCCCCCACCCCCCAUUGGUUGUUCAUUAUAAGGGGGCAGCACCAAAGUGAUGCACUUCCCUAGUAUUUGCUUAUAGCCCCCUGAUGCCAUAUCCCCUCACUCUGCCUAAACCAGGGACUUAGGACAGAGGAGGCUGCUGCUGGUACAGCCAAUUACCCACCCAGUGCUGUGGCACUCGUAGACCCAGUAGCUGUGGUGCAUCUGCCGCUAUAUUUAUGCGAGGGCCUGAACUGGAGGGAGUCAGUGAGUCAUAACAUGACCCUAGUGUGCCCAGGAUUAUUUUUACAUGUAGUUUAUGUGGGGCUCUGCCUUGGCUCUCUGCCUAGAGAAGAUAUUGGCCUUGCUGGCAUUAGUUCUGCUGCAGGAUCAACCUGCAAUCUUAGAAGCCAGGAAUGGAACAAUCUUCUGAAUAGCUUGUACUCGGGGAAACUGGGCUUUUAUAUGUUACCAAAGGGUGCGUGGUAAACUGACAAUAAACUGAACAUCACAGUUA